AUGUGGGAUUUCAAUGGGGAGGAUGAUGCCACGCGCUACGGCCGUAAAGGGCCAGACUCGUCUGCCUCCCUAAUAAAGGUUAUGUCCUCCUUGUACAAGGGAGAGAAGGAGGAGUUCCUCCGCGUCAACCCGCGGGCUGGAUUCACUAUGUACGAACCUCCAAGUUGGGAAGUGAAAGAUAUAAGCAGCCGUCCUCCACAACCCGAAGACCCAGAACGGGCCCUCGAUCCAGACUCUGAAGAGGAUCCGGACAUAUCAGUGGAGCUUAUUGAAGGGGUGUUUCAUCAGCUAAGCAAGGACAACACCUUGGUCGCUAUUGUGGCAGAUUACCCCGGGUUAAUUCCGGCCUCCCAGGUUCUUUCCGAGAAGAACACCGUGCUAUCCCAGGAGCUAGAAAAGUGCAAGGCCCAACUAGAGGCCGCACUUGCCGUAGCAGGGGAGCCUAAAGGGACCCCCUCAGAUGUUGCAGGCACCGCUGGUGAGAAUGAAGGGAGUAAGAAGGUUAAGAAGAAGACCAAGAAGAAAGGCAAUCUAUGUGGCUUUAAGUCAAUGUUUAACUCAAAAAGGCUGGCUGAGAUUGGGAAGCAAUUCAAACACAAGAACAAGUCCAUCACCUUCAGCAAGCUCAUGGUGAAAAGGAUUUUCAACGUGCCAUCCGGUGAUAGACCCGUGAAGCUUCUUAAGAAGAGUGAUGAACAUGAUCUUCGCAGCAUCUACAAGGAGGGGAACAGGGCUCCAAUCGCCCAUGUUGUCAAGUUGCUCACUAGUUGCAGCGAUGAGGACGUGGUUAUGAUAAAUAGGACUUGGACACUCCUUGCAUUGGCAACAGUUUUGUGCCCAGGCACUGGCAAUAUGGUGAAUCUCGAGUAUCUAGCUUCCUUGGAAGAUAUGUCUUUGGUGCAUGAAUUCGCUUGGGAUGAGCACUUGUUGGCACGAGCAAUGGAGGAGGUUGGAGUCUUUCAAGAGAAGAAGAGGAUGCAAGCAAAUACAGAAAAAGCAGCGGAGUUUCAGAUUGCUUCAUGCCUUCCCAUGUUAGCGAUCAUAUACAUGGAUCAUAUUGAUAUUCCGGCCGGCCUCCCAAAUGAGCAUGCCAUUGAUUAUUCCGUGCCAAGGAUACGUUUUGUUUGUCAAAAGGAUUUUGAUUGGUUGGAUAAAGUUGACAAGAACAAGCUCACUCUUGUCCAACCUUUCUACGGGAAACACACCCAAGUUAUGGCAGCCUUCUUAUUUCCGCCACUCAUGUUUUGUUUUCCUAGAUACGGAGUUUGUGCAACACCCCCUAUGCAGCACAACUCGCGGGACAGGAAGUUGGUGCUGAAGCAGCCAGUGGGCAGGGAGUUGGUGCUGAAGCACCUAAUCCUACUAAAACAAGACCCAUCAACUUUCCAACCAGCAAAACUCAUGGCUGAGCUUGAAAGGGCUAUGAAAGUGUUCAAGGUUCAAAAGUUUGACCUCCUCUUUUUCACAAUUGUUCAUGAUCGCCAUUGGAUAGUUGUUUGCGCAAACUUGCUUCACAAGCAGUGGAAUGUAUUUGACUCAAUCCAUUCAAAAGGAAAACAAUCUCCUUUGCAGAAGCAAGCCAAUAACCUGAUCACAAACUUUGCAACCCUCGCACAAGAGUGCAGCGAAUUCAAUGUCAAUGUUGGAUCCUUCGCCCGUGUUGACCUAGAGGAUUACCCAAAGCAAGAUACCCUGAAGACAUGGCGCGAUACCGCAUCGAUGUGGCAUACAACCUUUUCAGCCACCCAAUGA